AUGGAGGAAAGGCUUUGGAAGGAUCACUGUGUGCUCCUCAACAAGGGUGAAGAAAAUGAGCUGGAGAUAUUUGGUUACAAAACCCAAGGCUGCCGAAAGGCUUUGUGCAUUGCUGGAUACAUCUUGUCCUGUGGGGCUCUGCUGCUGCUGUUUUACUGGAAGCCAGAGUGGGACGUGUGGGCAAACUGCAUCCGCUGCAGCUUGGAAGAAGCGGAUGUUGUUCUGCUCAGAACAACGGAUGAGUUUCAUAGAUACAGCCGGAAGAAGGUGACCUGGAUCGAUCUGUCCUCAUUGGCACCACCUGUUGGUAGUAAUUCAGAUGGUCCUCUUGUAGCUGAUAAAGACUCUGUCAUAAACAGAGCUGUAAUGAAGCCACAGUUAAAGAUGAGGUGUAUCCAGGUGCAGAAAAUCCGUUAUAUUUGGGACUUUUCUGUAAAAGAAUUCAAGAAAGUUGGUUCAUUAGAAGACAGCAACACAUGUCAUAGUAUACACCACAAGUUUGGAGUUGGCCUUACAAGGGAAGAACAGAAGAUCAGGCAGCUGGUGUGUGGGCCCAAUGCCAUUGAAGUUGAAGUUCAUCCUAUUUGGAAGUUACUUUUUAAAGAGAUUUUAAACCCCUUCUAUGUGUUCCAAGCCUUCACCCUCACGCUGUGGCUGAGCCAAGGCUACUUGGAAUAUACGAUGGCCAUCAUAAUCCUGUCCAUCAUUUCUGUUGGCUUAACGGUGUAUGACCUCAGACAGCAGUCUACCAAGCUGCAUGACCUCGUUGAGGCGCAUAACAGAAUCCAGGUUACAGUCUGCACAAAGAGUGGAGGUGAAAGCAUUCCAGUUACGAAAACCCCCUUGCCCCUCACGGAGAGUCUGAUGUCCUGGAAAACCCACAGCGUGGAAGGCUAUCGGAGACACGUCCUGUUCUGCGGGACAGAAGUCAUACAGACGAAGCCGAUGGGCAGAGGACCAGUGAGAGCUGUUGUGCUGCAAACCGGGUUCAAUACAGCCAAAGGUGACCUGGUGAGAUCCAUCCUCUACCCCAAGCCAGUGAACUUCAGACUCUACAGAGAUGCCUUCAAGUUCAUCGUGGGCCUCUCUGUCAUGGGUGUGCUCGCAUUCAUCUAUACCGUGUGUGUGUUCGUGUCCCACAAG